AGCGCUCCAGACUUGGAGGAAAGUUUGGAGAAACUUCUACAGGGGGACCCCUUCACCGGGCAGAUGUUCCACUAUGGGGCCUGGAUCUGGAGGAUCCAACCGGGUGGUAAGGGUACCCCUCGGGCCCAUGAGGCAGCGGGGCACGGGGUACCCUCCCCGGGCAAUACUGCUGAGGCCGGGGGCCCAAGCCACCCAGACAUGAAUUUCAGGGCCUACAACAUGCCGAAGACUACCGGUGGAUCUUCUUCAGCGGCCGGUCCACAUACCUCAGCAGCAUAACCGGUCCAGAAGGAAACUAUAGAGUUGGGUGAAGUUAGGCCGGACGUCUUGGAGCAACUCACUGAAGAUUCAUCUUCCCGGUUAGCCCAACUAGAGGAGAAGCUGAAGAGAUGUGAGGCUCAUAACCGGGACCUCAAGGAGCUGACUGCCCGGCAGUCGAAUUAGAUGGCUGAUCUUUCUGCAAUUGCCGAGGGGGCCAAGGCAGAGACCCUUCAGCUGAAGGAGGAGAACUUAAAGCUGAUGGAGGAUCUUGAGCUGAAGGAGCGGGAGUUCCCCGGUAGGGCCAGGCAGUGGAUGGAGGACAACCUAGUGGAAGCUGCCCGGGUACUCACUUUUUCUGAGGAAAGGACGGUGGAAGGCUUCAAGCUGCUGUACCGGGAGGAGCAGGGAAAAGAAAUGAUCACCCAAAUCGGCUCCUACGGUUUUAUGUCCGGCCAGAAAUGGGACCGGGAGGCCACGCAUGCGGUCCUUGCUGAACGUGACCCGGACUUUAAUGCUGAAUCAUACGGCCUGGCCCCCAUCCCGGACAAUGAACCUGCUCCCCCUUUCCCCUUAGAGUGAGGAAUCUCCCCGGCUGUGACCGGUUA